CUUUGUUAGAUCUCAAAGCAGCUCUUCGAGGGUACCAUGUUCUAUUUCUAUUCUACUUUUACUUCAUCCCACUGACCUACACGUCGUGCCUCGCCUUUUGUAAUCAAUCACGAAUAUCAGGUCUACAUAUCAGCCGUUCCGUCCGAACACCAAACGCACCACCCAACCCAUCUUUAAUCCUUCUCUCACGCCGCAUUCACCAGAUUCGGCGUUGAAGGAGAAAAUGCCCCGCAAAACCCCCUCUCUCUCAUUCCUCCGGCCCCGCUCCCCCCUCCAAAACGACGAAUCGCCCUCCUCACCAGCCUCUCCUCGAACAACGCCACCUAGUUCUGCACCUUCAUCGCCAUCAACACCCUCCUCUUCCUCUUCCUCUUCCUCAUCCGAUCCACCCACCGCACCAGCAGCCUUACACCUCCGCACCCUCAUCUCUCCUCCUCCCGCCGCUCGCUUAAACCCCAGAAUUCAAGCUACAGCACCAAAACUCCCCUAUCCCUGGAUCUGGAAAUGCCAUCUUUGCAGUUCGGUCUACCGCCUCAGCGUGACUCGGCGCUGUCUAGAGGACGGGCACUUCUUCUGCAGUAUCCCAUCUCCUCCGCCCUCACCUCCACCCUCCACGUUUUCCUCCUCCUCCUCCUCUUCCUCUUCUUCCGACCGCCAAUCCCAAGAUGCUCUCGGCGCAGGAUUUGGCGAUCCCGUUGAGCAGCUGCUGCGGGCUAAGGAGAGGGAGAGGAAGGAGAGGAGGCGAGAGAGGAAGAAGAAGGCUGCUAAAGGGUGUAAAACCGAGUUUGACUAUACGGGUUGGUCUGGCUAUAAUGAUUGGCGGAGGGAGGUGCGGGCGAUCAGGUAUGGAGAGUUCGGGAACUUGAACUUUGAUGAGAGAGUGAGGAGUAAGAAGGAUUGCUGGCGCGAUUGCGAUUUUCCGUCUGAGUGUUUGAAUGAGAGGGUCAGGGAGCGGGAGUCGAGGGUGCGGAGGGAGAAGAUGAGGAUUCUUGAGGAGGAGUGGGCGAAGGAACAAGCGCGUGUGCAAGAUCUUAUGGACGCCGACUUCUCGAGCUCAUCUUCAUCCAAUGACGACGGAGAUGUUGGGAUGCAUGGCGUGGAUGAGGUUGACACUGCGCAGUUCUAUGAUACUGAGAAGUGUUCGGAGCACGAAAAUGCGCAUGGUGAUGAGGCGGAAAUGUGUGGCGUGGUUGCAGAGGAACCCGGAGAGGAAAAGCCAGGGGAGAAUUUAGGGCCUUUGGGCACGGAUUGUGAUGGGCUUGGGGAAGAGAGCAAGGAGGCUGCGUAUGCGAAGUGUAGACGCAAGUCUCUGGAUGCGGCUGCUGAGGGUGAUGUGGUGCCGAGUAUGUUUGGGCUUCUGAAGUGGGGAAGGUAA